AUGCUGUCAAGGCACGUUUUGCCUUGGCUCCUCACCUCCCUUUUGGGCAAUGCUUUUGCUUUUGGUUCACAAUGCGAGUCGUCUGCUCCUACUGUCAAUAUUGAUGCUGGCAUGGUGGUCGGCACGACAACUACUGUCCCCGGCACCACUGCGACCGUCAGCGAGUUCUUGGGUGUUCCUUUUGCCGCCUCUCCGACACGAUUUGCGCCUCCUACUCGGGCUGUGCCUUGGUCAACGCCUUUGCAAGCCACUGCAUAUGGUCCAGCAUGCCCUCAACAAUUCAAUUACCCUGAAGAACUCCGUGAGAUUACGAUGGCCUGGUUCAAUACACCGCCCCCAUCAGCUGGUGAAAGUGAGGACUGCCUGAACCUCAACAUCUACGUCCCAGGAACUGCGGGCAAAAACAAAGCCGUCAUGGUUUGGAUAUACGGUGGAGCGCUGGAAUAUGUUCUGGGGUUCCCUGCUGCCCCUCAGCUUCCAAUAACACGGCGAAAUCUGGGGUUCCUGGACCAAAGGUUCGCUUUGGAUUGGGUACAGCGGAACAUCGCAGCCUUUGGCGGUGAUCCUGGAAAGGUCACAAUAUUUGGACAGAGCGCAGGGGGCAGAAGUGUCGACGUCCUCGUAACGUCUAUGCCACACCACCCACCCUUCCGAGCAGCAAUCAUGGAGUCCGGUGUGGCUAACUACAACUUCCCCAGGGGAGAUUUGUCCGAACCUUGGAACACCACUGUUCAAGCUCUCAACUGUACCACCAGUAUCGACAUCUUGAGUUGUAUGAGAAGAGUCGAUCUCGCCACUCUGAUGAACACGAUCGAGCAACUCGGACUUGGGUUUGAGUACACGCUGGACAAUGUAACGGCUGUGUACCGUUCUGAAACGGCUCGCACGACUGGUGACAUCGCUCGUGUACCUGUUCUCGUCGGGACGGUGGCCAACGACGGACUUCUCUUUGUCCUCGGGGAGAAUGACACCCAAGCAUAUCUCGAGGAGGCGAUUCCGAAUCAGCCCAACCUUUACCAGACCCUCCUUGAAGCAUAUCCCAUUGGAGCCUCAGGGAUCGGAUCGCCUCAAGAUCAGAUUGCCGCCAUUGAGACCGAGGUAAGAUUCCAGUGUCCUUCUGCCAUCGUGGCUCAGGACUCCCGGAAUCGGGGAAUCCCUUCUUGGCGGUACUACUACAAUGCGACUUUUGAGAAUCUGGAGCUUUUCCCUGGGUCCGAAGUGUACCACAGCUCUGAAGUAGGCAUGGUGUUUGGCACGUAUCCUGUCGCAAAUGCGACCGCCUUGGAGGUCCAGACGAGCAAAUACAUGCAGGGUGCCUGGGCGGCCUUUGCCAAAAACCCCAUCAAUGGGCCUGGGUGGAAAGAAGUGCCGAAUGUCGCAGCGCUUGGCUCACCAGGGAAAGCCAUCCAGGUUGACGUCUCUCCAGCGACAAUAGACCAACGAUGUGCCUUGUACACGCCUUAUUAUACUGAGUUGGGCACAAUGGCGCCGAGGACAUUUUGA